AUGAAGCAAUUAAUCCGCCGCCUCUCCCGCGUGGCCGACUCCUCCACCUACAGCCUCCUCCGCUCCGACUCCCACCACAACCGCCGCCGCGCCGCCGCCUCCGCCGCCGGGAGAGCGGAAUCGUUCCGGUCGCUGGUGAAGGCGGCGAGGAGAUCCAGCUGCGGGAAGGCCGUCCCGCACGGGUACGUCCCCGUCUACGUCGGCGACGAGAUGGAGCGGUUCGUGGUGAGCGCCGAGCUCCUCAACCACCCGGUCUUCGUCGGCCUCCUCAACAAGUCGGCGCAGGAGUACGGCUACGAGCAGCAAGGCGGGCUCCGGAUCCCCUGCCACGUCCUCGUCUUCGAGCGGGUCAUGGAGGCGAUUCGACUCGGCCUCGAGUCACACGACCUCGACGACCUCCUCGGCUCCUGCUCCGCUUCCGUUUCUGCUGCUGCUUCCUCCGCCGCGGCUGCCGUCUCCGUCGGAUACUUAUGA